AUGGCAAACAGUAGAUUCAUCUUGUUCCUUUUUUCUAAUUUUUGUCAACUUAACGUAGCAUUGAGUGGUAAUUUCGUGAGAGAUUUCGACAUAACAUGGGGUGAUGAACGGGCCAAGAUACUCAACAAUGGAAAACUACUCGCCCUUUUGUUGGAUCAAUCUUUUGGAUCCGGAUUCAAGUCUAAGAAUGAGUAUUUAUACGGGAAGAUUGAUAUGCAAAUUAAACUAGUACCUGGUGAUUCAGCUGACACCAUAACUACAUAUUAUUUAUCUUCGUUAGGAGCGACACAUGAUGAAGUUGAUAUGGAGUUCUUAGGCAACUUGUCGGGUGAGCCUUAUAUAUUGCACACUAACAUCUUUACACAAGGCCAAGGGAGCAGAGAGCAGCAGUUUUACCUUUGGUUUGAUCUUACUGCUGUAUUUCAUACUUACUCCAUUCUUUGGAAUCCUCUAUUCAUUGCUUUGUAUGUGGACGGCACCCCAAUAAGAGUUUUCAAAAACAUGGAAUCAAAAGGAAUAGCAUUCCCAAACAACCAAACAAUGAGGCUUUAUGCAAGUAUUUGGGAUGGUGAAAAUUGGGCCACACAAGGUGGUGGUAUUAAGACAAAUCGGACAGCUGCUCCAUUCACUGCUUCUUUUAAGAACUUCAAAGGGAAUGCUUGUAUAUGGUCUUCUACAAAGCGUGCAUCCUUUUGUAAGCCUAAUUCUUAUUCUAAACCCAAGUUUAAAUGGCUUUCUCAAGAGUUGGAUUCAUCUACCCAAACACCAUAA